AGUAUCAAUUUAGGUAAAAUGUAGUCAUCACGGUUUACUGAGCUCAUUCACAAAAUGUUCUGUCUUUGGUACAUUUUCUUGAUCUCCCCAAACGUUUCUCCCAUAAUCGGCGAAGAUGAUUUCAACGUUUCUUUAAGUCAAGAUUCUAAGGAAAAUGUUACUGCGCUCAUUGAUAGAUUCAAAGAAGUCUGGGCCUUUGAAGAUUGGAAAAACCUAGGAGUGUUUACCGAGGAUUACAUUCUAGAUAUCAAUUUCCAUUGGCUCGAAUAUGACCCUCCUAGUAAUUUGUGUUUUUAUGCUUCAGGAGUGUAUUAUAUUUUUCUUAUGUUUGUUGGCGUAUCUGGCAACUUUCUGGUGAUCUUCUUAUUUAUAAGAUGCAAGGCUCUGAGAACUUCAGCGAACACUCUUAUUGUCAACUUGGCAAUUAGCGAUGGACUGAUGACUCUUAAAGCGCCCAUAUUUAUCGUCAAUUCUUUUUAUAGAGGACCAGCACUUGGAGAUAUAGCCUGUCGCAUCUACGGUUUUUUUGGAGGUCUUACAGGAACAAUAUCCAUUAUAACUCUAAGCGUAAUAUCAUUCGACCGAUAUUUCGUCAUAAAAUAUCCUCUUAACAGAAGUUUCUCAGAUAUGAGGGUAAAAAUCUGCCUGCUGGUUACCUGGUUAUAUGGAGCUCUAUUCGCUUUCGUUCCUGCCCUGGAUAUUGGAUUUGGAAAAUAUACAUACGAGGGAUAUCUAACCAGCUGCAGUUUCGAUUAUCUGGCAGACGAUCCCAAAAUCAAAAACUUUAUUAUAAUAUUUUUCUUUGCAGCUUGGGUUGUCCCGUUCACCUUAAUAUCUUUCAGCUAUAUUAACAUUUGGAAAGUGGUAUACACCAGAGCCAUGUCUCAAAAAAGAAGCAGAGACUCUUUUAGGCACGUCAAAGAAGAAGACAAGAAGAAACAAGAAGUUAAGCUGGCGUUGAUAGUACUCUCUACUAUUGGAGUGUGGUUUCUUUCUUGGACUCCCUAUGCUGUAGUAGCGUUGCUGGGAGUCACAGGGCACAAAAACUGGAUAGGUCCUACAACUUCUAUGCUACCAGCGAUGUUUUGCAAAACAGCCAGCUGCAUUAAUGCCUACAUAUAUGCAUUGUCUCAUCCCAAAUUUAAGGAAGAAGUUGAGAAAAUAUGUUUUAUCUCCUUCGGAAAGAAAGAUAAAAAUAAGGUAUGGACAGAAGAAUCCAAAACAGAAAUAACAACAGUAGGCGAAAUAUGUAAACCAGACAAACCUAUCCCAGAAUACCCAGGAUCAACCCAAACUCUAUCCAUGAAUGACGUGACAUCGAUCGGUAGUCGAGAGCUGCCCGGUACUCUAAAGAGACAAGGUACUGUUGUCGAAAUGAUUUGCUUAAGACCUUCUUUUAGUAACAAGACAACGAGUUUUAGAAAGUUAGCAAGACGGUGGUCUUCAAAAGAGAAACACAAGGAUUUUAGAGAGUUAGAUGACCAUGUUGACGUAGUGAGCGUACUUUUUUGCGAACAAUUUGGAAAAUUCUCUGUUAAAUGGUUGUAUUUUUAGGUGUCGCUUCAGAAUAAAUGAAAGAAGACCAAUGUGGUAAAUUUUCAGUCUGUUACGUGGAUAAUGCUACAUAAAUUGAAAAAUCUUUAUGUCUCAUAUAUCCUUAAGGAAACAAUCAAUAAAAAAACUGGCAUCCGUCUAGGUAGUUAUGUAAUGAAACAGAUUGUACUGAAAUCAUACAAGUGGGGUUUAUCCCUUAAAUGCUAUAAGUCAAAAGUAAUUACAUAAGUAUUAGAAAUGGGUCUAUAAGACUCAUUCUUUUAUAUAAAGAAAACAAACAAAUGUUUUUUGAUAAUUUUUUUAUUUAUAAACUAAGAUUACAAAAUGAAGUACCAUAAAUGGCUUAACCACAAAUGGAAGUUAUUCUUUGCAUUUUUUGCACACUUAAACACAACAUUGUAAACAUACAGGCAUUUUAUACACUGCGCAAAUAUAGUUCGUAUUUCUGUGUUUCUUGGCUUUACAGAGAUGACAUCUCUUUCUUUUUCUAUUUUCAUUGGCUGGAGGAGGCUCAAGAACACUUAAAAAAUUAGUGCCAAGAAUAUCUGCCGCAAUAGCUCGAAUCUGUCAGGGCACAUUGGAGAUAUAUAUUCUUCUCUUCAUGUGUGUAAUGUACAGCUGGUUCCUAAAAAACUGUAAAAUAGUAGAAAAUUGAGCAGUGUAUUUUGAAUUAAAUACUGUCACUGCCAAAUCUUAAAAUGUGUCAGAUAAAUUUUUCUGUUCAACCUCAAAAAAUGGCUUCACAUGCUAGCAAAGAGCCGCUGGUCAGUUUAGUGCCAAUGUAUGGAGAUGGAUUUCAUCUAAGGGAAUGGAAAUGGUAUGGCGUAUUAAUGGCAGGUUUGUUGGGCAGACUUACCUGAAUAUUCUAGAAAACAUCAUGUUUCCCAGUGUAGAACAGUUGUAUGCAGAAAAUAAUUCUAUUCACCAACAAGAUAAUUGUACUAUUCACAUUGCAAAUAUAAUAACCCAGUGGCUCCAGAAUAACAACAUCGAAACCUUACCAUGGCCCAGCUACAGUCCAGAUUUAAACCCAAUCGAGAAUGUGUGGGUAAAUCGGUUGUAUCGGCUUAAUUUUAUACCUUAAAAUGCUGAAGAGCUGUGGCACGAUAUACCACAGCUUUGGGAAGAGCUUCCUGAAGAAGAUAAACUCAUAGUUCCUUUUACGCAGAUGAACCGAAGACUACAAGCUGUUAUCAAUGCUAAUGGAGAUAUUGUAACGAUUAUUUUGCCUACCACAUUGGGAUCAUUAUAGGAGUAUAAUCAAUUAUUAUACCCCUAAUAUAAUCACAGGGGGUACUAACAUGGAUCUCCUCGGCAAACACAACACAAGAAGGUUCUCAAGCUAUUUAAAAAAUGGACGCCGCUUACAAAAAUCUUCCUGCUGGACGAAAGAAAGGUUUUUAUUUCCUAAAAAAAUAUAAAAAAAGGAGUUCGAACCUUUUUAAAAGGAAAUAAUAACUUGGUUUAGAAAAAAAAAUUACAUAUUUAUUGUUAUCUCACCACAAACAGUUACAAAUAUAAAUAGUAAUAAUAAAUAGAAAAUAACAAAAACAAACUUACAAUGUUGCUAUCGGUUUAUAACUCUAUAAGUUGGAGAUACUAGAAAAACUUACAAUAAAAUUGUUACUGGGCUACAUUUUGUAGCCCUGAUAAAUUAUUAAAAAUGAAAAAUAUCUUUUUAAACUAUGCAUAGAAAUUAACCUUUUUAAAAACAAAACAAAACAAAUUCUACACUUAUGGUUAGGUAUGUACCAAACGUCAAAAAAAUAAAGCUAGCUGUCAUAUGUCAAUAUUAAAUUUUAAAACAGCUAGCCAUUCCCUAAUAUUUAUAAUUUUACUAAUUACAAUUUCUUAACUUGCCAUGAAAGCAAUUAUUGAUGGAAAAUAUCUAUUUUUACUUAAAAAGUUCAACCAAAAAAUUACCUGAAUUUCACUAAAUGUUAUUUCUCCUUUAAAAAGUUCUGAGGCUAGAACUAAACUCAAAAUUCAACACAAACAAAUGCAUCUCACAAAUUGCGAAAAUAGUGUGGAAUGACCUUGGACAAACAAAAUGAGGAUGGAAGCUGGGCACUGAAUUAUAUUGACGCAAUCUUCGAAACUUGGCUUUUUAAAAACUCAAAUUCUUGCUCGGAACCAUGAGGCUAUCUUUUAAAGUUGUCUGGAACGCCGUUUUACAGAUCCCUUAGGUGAGAGAUGGCACGAAACAAAACAGUGAUUACUCUGACAAAAAUUGACACAUUACGUUCGAGUAUAAUUCACUUUUUUUAUAAACAAAUUUACCGGUUACUUCAGGUUACCCACGCCGCGUCUUCUCUCUACAAUUUUUUUUCCCACCUAAAACUUGACACUUGACAUUGCUUCACGCUCCGUACCGGCUUGCUCCGUUACCUCUCACCCCUCUACCAGUCUUCGCAAUGGGCCAAUCACAAUUCUUCUCAACAACGGUCUGUAAGGAAGAUUCAACCUUAACAUGGCAUGGGUUUAAAGUCGCAGAAUUUUUAAAACGCAAAAUAUGAAUUAUUUUACUACGCAGUGAAUUCUUUCUUCGAUGAUGGAAUAUAAACAAGGACACACGAAAUUUUAUACAUAGCCCAGACACGUACCAAAUAAAUUUUAUAUCCUUGUUAUUUGUUAUUUGUAUUUUAACUUUUACAACAAGUUUAUAUGUGGCAUUAUUCUCGCAAGAGAUUGAAAAACGUACCUACAUAACAACUAAAUAGUUUGGAAAAAAUAUAAGGACAGAAGCUGAUAUAUAGAUCUACAACCUAGAAAGCAAAUUCAGUUAUUUUUGAUCACGCUAGACAAAUGCAUGCAAUAGAAACCAUAAACAAAAUAGAUAACAGGAUUGCAUUUGCAAGAAGACCGGAAGAUACUGUAAAAUGUGAAUGAAUUUGUGUAAGAAGUUUGUAUUAUUAGAAGAAAACUUUUAUAAUUGUGAAAAAACAUUAAUAAAGAUAAAAAUUGUUAAUUUUUU